AUGGCCACUGGUCCAGCAAUUCGGGGUCGUCUCACUCGAGUCUCUCGCACGGUCAGGACUAUUUUACGCUGUCUCGGUGGGAACAAAGAGUCCCAAGAUAUCUCGCAGCGUGCUUGCCUUCUUCUUUGCGAAAUAUCCGACCUGUUGUUCCGAAUCCAAGAGCAGUUGACAUGGGUAGAGGAAAAAUGGGUCUUGGAUCCUACUCGCCUCCAUAAUCUCAACGAGAUUCUGCGAUCUCUCGAGUCGACAACUGAAACAAUAGAAGUGUACUUCCAGCCAGGUGGUGUUAGUGCUCGAUCCUUCAGGAAACGAUUGCUAGACAGCACGUUUCUACCGAGGCUCGAGCAAUUCAAAGUCAUGUUGAUAUUGGCGUUACAGCCUGACACAGUAGAGAAGAACCGAACGGAAGAGAAGUUGCGAUCCAAGCUUCGACAAUACCAAGAGCUAGAUUCAGACUCUAUCCAAGCGACAACCCCAAACUGUGACGACUUUCAGCAGAUUACAAGCCAAUUUACCACCAAGAGUUUCAUGAAAUUGGCCGACCUCUGCAACCAACGCCAGAAAGCUGGAGCUGGAAAGAGUUUUCUUGCCUCGGCAAUCGUGGACAACCUCCAGCGAACCUUCACAUCAGCGGAUGUAGCCAUUGUGUUCAUAUUCGCCCAAGACGAGGCGGACGAUGGGCCAAACUCCAUUGGCUUCUUGGAUAAGAUGCUGGCUCAGCUUGUUUAUCGAAAACGCACGCCCUCCCAUGCUACAGCCAUGCUGUACAAGUCUGAAUCGUUCACGAAAGGACGGGCGUCUGCAAAGGCCUACCAAGAUGCAAUCAAGGCUGAAAUAAACAGGUUUUCGAGAGUUAUCUUCGUCAUAGAUGGACUUGACAUGCAAUCUGAGAAAGAUCGUAUCUUGAACCGCCUUCAAAAGCUUCCAGAGCAUGCUCAGCUCCUGAUUACAAUGCGUGAGGCCCGCAGCGCAUCAAGGGAUGAACAUCUCUCAGUCUUGGCGGUUCGCGAAGAUCUUGAAUUGUAUAUUUGCAACCGUAUCGAUCAGGAUGGUGGACUGACCUCGGUACUGAAGCAAUAUCCCUCCGAAUUAAGGGAGGCGCUGAUCCAACAGGUCAUUGAAAAGUCGCAUGGACUGUUUCUACUAGCGCGACUGCACAUGGACUUACUUUCCCGAUGCAACGACGGCAGUUUGCUUCAAAGAGCUCUUUUCCAUCUUCCAGAAAGUUUGAAUGACGCUUAUGGUGAAUCCAUGACAAGGCUUGUGAGCCAAAAUCCUUACGCAAGCCGGUGUUUGUAUUGGACCCUGUAUGCCCAAAGGCCGAUGACUGUCUCCGAGCUUAACUUUGCUGCCACUUUCGAGCCAGUCAGCAACUCGAGCCCAAAAGGCGCUACUUCGGAACAGGAGUUGAUCAAUGAGGCGGGUGGUCUCUUGAGUAUCGAUGCAACGUCUGGCACUGUUCAAUUAGCUCAUCAAACGGCGAAGGAGUAUCUUAGUGGCCCCGCAGCACGGGUUUUCUUUCCUUCAGCUAAGAAAUGUAUUGCGGACAUUUGCCUCUCGGUGAUUUCGUCGGAUGAAGUUGUCGAUGAAUGUUAUAACCAAGGAAACACAUCCCGCACGCCUCGCAGCGGCAUACUGGAUUAUGCAGCGAAGUACUGGGGCCACCACGCUCGGGAAGUGGGAGACGAUGAACAAACCACUCAGGUGCUUAUCCGUACAUUCUUGAACAAGCUUUGCUGGCGCCGUCCUCCCAUCGAGGUGAUCACCAACACUGACGGAGGAAUUCCAAAGGAGCUGGGGCUUGGCGGUUACUUCUCUGACUGGACUAGUCUGCAUGUACUUGCUUACUAUGGGAUUGUCGGGAAAGCGAGGCGUCUUCUUGAACAAGGAGCUAAUAUCAACGAUUGCGAAAACGACUUCGGGGUCACUCCUCUGCACUGUGCCGUUAAUCAAGGACACGAGGAGAUGAUUGAGCUCCUUCUUGAUCACAAAGCCAAUAUCAACGCAGCUUGCAAGCAUGGAAACACUGCUUUACACAUGGCUGCCGAGCAAGGCUACCGGAAAAUUAUUAGGACUCUUCUCCACCGACGGGCCAAUUCGCGAACAGUGAACAAGCAGGGGAAUACAGCGCUGCAAUUAGCCGUUGGAACAACCUAUGACGAGGCCACCGUGCCGAUCCUGAUCAAGAGCCGGUUUGAUAUGGAUGUCCAGAAUACCAUUACUGGAAAUACUGCUCUUCAUCUUGCAGUAGAACUGAAGCGACCGAGAAUCAUCCAGUUCCUGCUCGAAAAGGGCGCAAGCACAACGAUCCUAAACCGAAAAGGUGUCACAGCUCUGCAAGUCGCUUGCAAAAUUGACAACUGUGAAGCGGUCUCCCUCCUACUUGAGCGGGGCGUGAAAAUAGAGAGUCGGUCUGCUUCCGGCGAGACUGCUCUGCAUGUGGCAGCCAGCGAGGGUAAUUGGGUAGCCUUUGACCUUCUUGUUACAGCUAGUGCCAAUAUAAAUGGGUGGGGAAAUGAAGGAGAGUCCCUUCUUCAUAGACAAGCGCGCUUGGGCCGCUCAGUCGCAGUCGCAGCGCAUCUCCUUGGGAAAGGCGCCAACAUUGAAGCGUUCAACUCUCAAGGCCUCACGCCCCUCCAAUCCGCGGCUUUGGCAGGGAACAAGCUGAUGUUUUUUCUUCUUGCUUGA